AUGGUGAAGACUGUCGACAAAUCCUGGCUGAAGCCAAGGGAGGGCGAUGUAGAACGGCGAUGGAAUAAAUUCCUAAACAAGAGAUCAGCAGCAUCUGAAACGAGAAAUAAUACCACGUCGGCACCAUCGCCACCGGAGUACGAAACCCGUCAAGAUCCCGAGGACGCAAGGGAGCUUGCAAAUCAAAUUGCGAUGAUCAGAAACAAUGAAAGCACCCGUGAGCCUGAGGAGUUUAGACAACCUGAACCGCGUUAUCUUGAGCCCGAAGAAUGCGCCAUGCCACACCACCAGCAGGAGGAAGAAGAAGAAGUUGAGGAAUACUUCGAGGAGGAGGGUGAUGAGGAGGAAUAUGAUGAUAUGACUGAAUUCGAUGAUCCAGUAAGAGACGUUCUUCAAUCUUACCUUGAACCGGAAGAAGAUGAUGCAUCAGAGACAACAACAAUGUUUCCCCUUUUCCAAAAUAGAAACUGGAAAGCUCUGGCAUCGUACAUCGAAUUGCAUCCUCGAUGUGCUUUAACCCAUCUAUCCUGUGGAGUAAAGGGACUCUCAAUCGCUACGAAGGGAAAUCUUCUUUUGCAUGAAGCUUGCCGGAUUGACCCGCCAGCAGAUGUUAUUGCAGCUCUGUUGAGAGCAAAUCCUAAGGCUGUUAGCAAAAAGGGUGAAAAGGGAUACCUACCUUUGCAUUAUGCGUGUGCCUGUGCAUCAGCAAAAGCGGUUGAGCUUCUCAUCAAAGCUUAUCCUGACGCCGCAAAGAUUCGCAAUGAGAGCGACCUUAUGCUUCCUCUCCACAUUGCUUGCAAGUGGGGUUUCUCAAAAGGAGUUAUGAAUGUGCUCCUCGCCUCCUACCCUGAAGGAUCCAAGGUUCGUGAUAUCUAUGCAAUGGUUCCUCUCGACUACGCAAACAAACUUCAAAAUGAAGAAACGCGACGGGAAGCUGUCACUGGAAUUCAGCGAACAUUGAAGAGCCGCAACGUCAGUGCUAGAACUAGCUUGAUUGAGCAGUCUGGAAAGACAUUCAAUGAGGUUCGCGAGGACUUGAACACUGCACAACUAAAGCUCGAGAGAAUGACAGCAGAGUUCGACCAUCGUGAACGCAGCUUUGCGCUCAUGUUUGGAAGAGAGCAGGAGAAGGUACGGCUUCUUGAAGAAGAAAAAGACAGACUUUCUUCCGAUUCGAAAGAGGCGAUCAUGAUGCGGGAAACCCAAGCAAGAAAGCUUGAGCUCCUGAAAAAGGAGCACAGCAUGAUGAAGGCCGUGCAAAAAACAAACUUGGAGAAGAAAAACCUUUUGGAGAAAAAAGUUGCAGUCCUUGAGAGCGCUCAUGGUGUGAAGAGAGAUAUUAUUGGACGUCUCGAACAUGAAAUCACUGUGAAGUCCAGACAGCAAAUGGAGCAGGCCUUGAAUCAACAAAAGGUUGAGUACGAACAUGCAGUGGAAGAAGAGCGCAUCAGGAAUGCUCGACUGGAAAUGGAAAUGCAAGAUGCUAGCCGUAACCACGAAGCAUACACCAAAGCUCUACUUCAAGAACAUGAUCAAGAGAUUAUGAAGUUCGAAGAAAUCACAAGAAAGUUUGAGGUCCUCGAACGAGAAUUGCGAGACCAGAUCGAAUAUGAAACCGUUCUCAGAGAGAGCGUCGAAACUGAACUCUGUGACAAAGAGGCAACGUUCCAAGCUGAACUUAAGCAAGAAAAAGAGAGGGUUCAGUACCUCGAGCAACAUGUGGAAAGAAUGAACGAGCUUUUGGAAUCAGAGCAUGACCGUUUCAACCAGCUAGAAGGCUUGCUUAAGGAAACAAUCGAAGGACAAGAUGAAGAACACAUGAAGAUUGAAAGUUCAAUGGAGGAAAAAAAAAUCCACUACGAACUUGUUUUGCAAAAAGAACGUGCCAAAGUCUUGGGUCUCGAACAUGAUCUCAAUGAAACUCAAUCCCAACUCGAGACAGAACUACUAAGACUUCAAGACUACGAGGCGCGCGAGACAGCUAUGCUUCGAACAUUCGAGGCGGAACAGCAGAAGCUAAAGGAGCUAGAGGCGGAAAAGGAUUUGGUCAAGCGCUUCUUGGCCUCAGAGCAAGCGAAGGUUUCUGAUCUAGAAACUGCCAAGAACGAGCUGCAUGCCGAAAUGCGGUUCCUAAUCAAUAAGAAGCAAAAAGACUUGGAAGCGGAGCAAAUCAAAAUCAAGACUGUUGAAGAGAAGCAAGAAAAUAUGCGUGGUGUUGUUGAAACUUUGAACAAAAAGAUUUCUCAACUCCGAGAAGCGAAAGAAGUUUCACCCGCAGAAAAGGACGAAGCAGAAAGCAAGGAUAACUCCAAUACCGAAGAACGUGAUCUGUUGGAACAACAGUUAAAUGAACAAACGGAAAAAGUAGCUGGACUCGAACAAGAGCGACUCACAUUGAUCUCCAAACUUGAGAACGAAACUAAGAAAGUGCGUACGCUCGAGGAGGCUGCUAAAAUGAUGAUUAAGGGAAGAUCAACGGAUCGUGAUCAAAGCCUUGAAUGUCCAUGCCCAUCUGAGGAGGAAAAAGUUUGGGCCAUGCAGGAGAUCGAGAAGGAUCUUGCUCAUGAGCGUGCACGCGUUUGGGAUCUCCAUUCUGAGAUUGCGAAGCUGAAGGAAGAAAGAGACGCCUUGGAGAAGAAGGUCAAGCCUGUUUCAAAACUUCUUGAAGAGAAAGAAGAAGCCCUGCUGAGUGAAAAGAGCAAAUAUGAAGCUUUGGAACAAGAACACAGCAAAACGCUUGAACUUCUGCAAUCUGAGCGUGAAAUUGUCAUGGCCAUGCGUGAAGAAUACGAGACUAAUAAGACGAUUCUAGAACAAAGCAGGGCAAACAGACAGGGCAUCAAGGACCCCGAGAAUGAAGGGAUCGAAGCUCCUUUGCACGAAAUUGAAGCUGCCGUUGCAGGGUAUGAAAAGGCGUUGGACUUGAAGUCAAUCGCUGAGGAUUUGAGACGAGCCAACGAAAGGAUCAAGGAGCUGGAAUCAUCGAUUGAAGAAAAGUCAACAAAACUCUCCAACGAGCAGAAGAAGGCUGCCGAGUUCGAAAAGAGCGCUGUCGACCAAAAGGGUAUUGCUCAAACAGAGCAAAUGAAAAUCAAGGAUCUCCAAAAGGGCGUUCGCUCUCAAGAGAUUCUUCUUGAGUUUGAAAGAGACCGUGUUCGAGAUCUUGAAACUGAAGUUUCUCGUAUCACUUCUCUCCUUAUGUCAGAGAAGAGAAAAGUUGCUGACCUGAAGGAUGAAAACAAGCAAAUGAACUCCACGCUUUACAAUACCCAAAAGAAGGCUGACAUUCUUGAGGAGGCGCACUUCAAGCACAAGGAAACUCGUGAACAAGAGAAGAACAAGAUCAAGUCACUCGAAAAGGCCCGUGAUCAAUUACAAGAACUAUUGCAAUGGGAGAGAUCCAAUGGCCACAACGGAGACAAGCUCAACAAUUUGCUUGAAAAGCUCGUAAACUUGGAAAAAGAUCUUUCCAACGCGAUGGACGACUUGGAACAAAAGGAAGUGAAGGUCCAAGGACUCACUGAACAACUUCAGUACUUUGACUUCAUGAAGGCCGAGGUCGUCAGGCUCAGUGCCGAAUCCAAGAGGCGCGACAUGAUGCUCAUGACAGUCAUUCAAGCAAUCAGUGGCGAUGCAUCCAGUAUGCAAAAGGCACCAGUUCAAAAUGCCAAGCUCCACGUUGAUGGAAUUGCACGCCUCCUUGGACUUGAUCUUGCAGGUUUCGACAGUACUACUGGCAAGGUCAAUUCGACGCAGAAAGCAACCAAUGGCCAGUAA